CCCCAAGGAAGGGCCGCGGGGCCCUGGUUGGAGAGGGGAGGCCCGGCCCCGGGAGGCGGAGAUGGGCCGGGUCUGCCCUCUCCCCUCCCACUCACGGGGAACCGCUGUCUCCUUCCCGCGCUCGAUCCCGCCGCUUCGCUCCGGGCAGCCGCCGCAGGGCAGCCACCAUGUACGUCUGCAGGGCUGCCUGGCAGGCGCUAGCCGCUCGCUUGGCCGGCGUGUCCUCCACGGCCGCGCUUCUCAGACAGCACGCACCUCUUCGCCAGAUGUCAUCUGGCAGCAUCCCUGGCUCUUCUGGGGAGAACCUGAUUUACUGUCUGUUUGCUGGUGUGGCGUGCACUGCUGGUGGAUAUUAUGCCUACAGAACAAUCAAGUCAGACAAAAAGAGGUACAACGAACGUAUUCAUGCUAUUCAGCAGAGUAAUACAGCUGAGUGGAAACCAAAACCCUGGCCACCCCAGGGUGAUGAACUGGAGAUGGCUGAAGUCACUGAAGCAAGCGAGCAGGCCACAGAGGUACCUACAGAAGAGGCUGUAGCACUAACUGCUGAUGAAUCUACUGAACAGAAUGAAGGAUCUAUGGUAUCCACAGGAGCUGAAGGGGAAAAAGAAUCACCAGUUGCAGAUGCAUCCUCUGCUGUGGAAGCCACUGCUAGCUUGGAGGCUGCCCAAAUGCAAGAAGUUGUGGGUGAAGGCUUGGAUGUUGCAGCACCUUCUGCUCAUGAGGACAAUGUAGACAGUAUUCAAGAAGGAACAGCCUCAGCAGCUCAAGAGAUGCCUGGCACAUCCUCAAGAAACCAGGAGGCUGUUGAGGAUGAGUCUGGGCAGGAUUCAGAAGCUUCUUCGGCAACAACGGGAUCUCAAGAAAUUCCUAAGGAUUCUUAAAGUGAGCAACAGUGACGCCUUUGAAGAGUUUCACAGAAAUAUGUAUGACAAUCAACCAGCUGACUGAUGUUCUGAAACCUAAUGUUCUUCUUUGGAGAUGUAAAACAAAUCUUGCAGGUUGUUGCACCUAAAACUGCUUGUUAGGGCUAGCAUUUGAUAUUUUGAUCAGUAUUCAUUCCUUACAACAGAUAACCAAACAUGGUAUAGUUUGUCCGAGAGAAAUAAGCUUUUGCAGUGGAUAUGUUUCUUUCUGAAUCAGAGACACAGCAUACAGUAAUAUAGGUCAAGGUACCACAUAGUACACAGUAAAUCUAUUUACCAAGAAAAACAGUAGAUUUAAUGACAGGUUUUAGAGUAGCAGUUGUGUUAGUCUGUAUCC